AUGGCAGCGGACGUUGCGACUCGCAAGUGCAUUGGCAUUGAGUGCCCCAACGAUGCGGGGACUCUGCAAUGUCCCACCUGCCUGAAAAUGGGCACAGACAGCUUCUUCUGCUCACAAGACUGCUUUAAGCGCAGCUGGGGCUCCCACAAGUCUAUUCACAAACCUAAGACUACCGGUCAAUACAACCCAUUUCCCACAUAUCCUUUCACCGGAUCACUCCGUCCGGUCUAUCCUCUGUCGCCGCGUCGAGUCGUUCCUGCCACGAUCCCCCACCCCGACUAUGCCAAAGAUGGGAUCCCGCGAUCUGAACAGAAGUUCAUUGGGCGCCAUAAUAUCACCAUUUUGAACAAGGAAGAACAAGAAGGGAUGAGAAAGGUCUGUCGCUUGGCGAGAGAAGUCUUGGACAUUGCAGCGAGGGAAAUCAAGCCAGGCGUGACAACAGACUACAUCGACGAAGUUGUUCACAAGGCUUGUCUGGAACGUGAAUCAUAUCCCUCUCCUCUUAACUACGUAAACUUUCCGAAAUCAGUGUGCACAUCAGUUAACGAGACAAUAUGUCACGGUAUCCCCGAUCAGCGACCUUUACAAGAUGGCGACAUUGUCAAUAUCGACGUUACUUUGUAUCAUGGCGGCUUCCAUGGUGACUUGAAUGAGACAUACUAUGUGGGUGACAAGGCAAAGGCCAACCCAGAAGCCGUCCGAGUUGUCGAAACCGCUCGAGAAUGUCUUGCAAAGUCAAUCGAGCUAGUCAAGCCGGGGUGGUUAUUCCGAGAAGCAGGAAAUGUCAUCGAGAAACAUGCAAAAAGUCGUGACUGCAGUGUUGUCAAGAGUUAUUGUGGACAUGGUAUCAACCAACUAUUCCAUACUGCGCCGAAUAUCCCGCAUUAUGCAAAGAACAAGACCGUUGGAGCCGCGAAACCCGGCAUGUGCUUCACCAUUGAGCCCAUGAUCAAUAUUGGCAUUCAUAAAGAUAAGACAUGGCCCGACGACUGGACCAGUGUGACUGCCGAUGGCUCUUUGUCUGCGCAGUUCGAGCAUACUCUUCUGGUGACUGAAGAUGGCGUCGAGAUCUUGACAGCCAGACUUCCGGACUCACCUGGUGGCCCAAUUCCUCUGCCAGAGCCGUCUCCAUCUGCAGAUACGGCGACGACAUGA